AUGCUGGCUUUGAACGUUCCUGAUGAAGUUCACACAUCGUUUAUUUUAAAUCUGACAUAUGAUAUCAAUGGCAAGUCUGACAAUGACCGAUGUUUUCACCCUUUCGCGUUUUCGUUUGACACUGACAACUCUUAUACCAUUACAGUAGACACUGACAACUCUGAUACCAUUACAGUAAACACUGACAACUCUGAAACCAUUACAGUAGACACUGACAACCCUGAUACCAUUACAGUAGACACUGACAACUCCGAUACCAUUACAGUAAAUACUGACAACUCUGACAACACUACAGUGGAAACUGACAACUCCGAUAUCCCUCCCAUGGAUACUGACAACUCGAAUAACACUACAAUAGAUACUGACAACUCUGAUAACACAACAGUAGAUACUGAGAACACAACAGUAGACACUGACAACUCUGAUAUCACUAUAGUAGACACUGACAACUCUAAUAACACUACAAGAGACACUGACAACUCUGUAACACAGCACGUGGAUACUGACAACUCUAAUAACAUUACCGUUGAAACUGAAAAUUCUGGUUACGUGACAGUGGAUUAUGACAAUUCUGGUAACACUACAAUGGAUACUGACAAUUCUGGUAACACAGCAGUAGAUACUGACAUCUCUGAUAACACUACAGUGGAUACUGGCAACUCUGAUAAAACUUAA